GAAAUGACCCACUCGUGGCCACCUCCUUUGACAGCCAUCCACACACCCAGUACAGCUGAGCCGUCCAGAUUUCCUUUUCCUACAAAGGAUCCUCUUCACAUCAGUUCUGCAACCCAAAGCCAAAAACAAUACGAUGCGCCUUCCAAAACCCAUCACAGUUCCCAGCAAGGAACAUCCAUGCUGGAAGAUGACCUGCAGCUCAGUGACAGUGAAGACAGCGACACGGAACAAGCCACAGAGAAACCUCCGUCCCCAUCUGCACCUACAAGCGCUCCACUGACGCUUCCCCAACCAGCCGUGUCAGCACAUUCCAGUAGCGCAGAGUCCGAGAGCAGCGCAUCAGAUAGCUCCUCAGACUCCGAGAGCGAGAGCAGCUCAAGCGACAGCGAGGAGAAUGAGCCCCGAGAGGCCCCGGCUCCCGAGCCUGAGCCUCCGUCAACAAACAAAUGGCAGCUGGACAACUGGUUGACCAAAGUCAACCAGCCAUCAGUGCCCCUCGAUGGUCGGGGGAGCACAGAGUCCCCCCGUUGGCGCCAGGAAAAUAAGGAUGGAGACUGCGGCACUGACCAGCAGCAUCCCAUGUCCAAAGACCCUCUCCCCAAGAUUUCCAACAGAGCUCCACGAGGUCCCACUGAGGGGUCCCAGCCUGGGAAAAGGAACUGCCAGAAAUCCCCUGCCCAACAGGAGCCCGCACCUCGGCAAACUAUCGGAACCAAACAACCCAGAAAACCUGCCAAGGGCUCUGGCCAGGCAGAGCCCCAGGCCAGCUCUCAGGCAGAGAGUGAACCAGGAUCCCUCCCCUAUGGCUCGAAAGAGCAGACUCCCAAAGACAAGCCCAAGGUGAAGACGAAAGGCAGGCCACGAGCUGUGGGCAAUAGGGAGCCUAAGCCUGAAGCUCCUGUGCCCAAGCCACAGGCAGCCGUGCCCACUCCCACCGAGAAGAAGAAGCACAAGAGUUCCCCAGCCCCCUCCAAGACACUCUCAGACCCUCAGCCUCCAAAGGACAAUGCUGGGGACAGGAACCCCGAGCACUUUACCCUUGUCUCCUUGACUCAGAGCCAGGGUCCACCUCACAGUGGCAGGGGUGGCGGCAGCAGCAGCAGCAACAGCAGCAUCAGGACUAGCGGCUGCCGACAGGCUGUGAUUAUCCAGGAGGAUGGCCGCAAAGACAGACUCCUGUUACCCUUGAGAGACACCAAGUUGCUCUCACCACUCAGGGACACUCCACCACCAACGAGCUUGGUGGUGAAGAUAACCCUAGACCUUCUCACUCGGAUCCCCCAGCCCUCGGGGAAGGGGGGCCGUUCUAGGAAGACGGAAGACAAGCAGCUGCCAUCAGCUAAGAAGCAGGACACUGAGAAGAGAAGCUGUGACCCCUCCAGCAAAGCAACCAAGAAAAGAAAGCAGAGUGACGCAGAUAAAGACCAUGAUAACAAGAAGAUCAGAUUGGAGAAGGACAUCCAGUCACACUGCACUGCAUCUUCAUUUUCCCACAGUGAAUCCUCCAAAACGAAGACACCCAGGACCUCCUCGGAGUCCUCAAAAAAGGAAAUGCUUCCUCCACCACCUGUGUUGUCGUCAUCCUCCUCCUCCUCGUCCUCCCAGAAGUCAAUCAAAACUUCACACAAGAGGUCAAAGCCGGAUGUAGACUCCUGUAGUCAGGACCCUCCCAAAAGGGCCAGCAGCACCAAGAGCAACUAUAAGGACUCUUCCGUCCCCAAGCACAGAAAAGUGCAGGCCAGUGGCACUGAACACAAAGGGUCUUCUGGAGAAGCUGCAAACCCUUUCCCAGUGCCUUCUUUGCCAAAUGGUACCUGUAAACCAGGGAAGCCACAAGUGAAGUCUGACAGACAGCAAGCUGACUUUCACAUGAAGGAGGCUAAAAAGUUGAAGAACAAAGCAGAGGCAAUGGUGGACAAGGCUGGAAAGGCCUUCAAGUAUUUGGAAGCCAUUCUGUCUUUCAUUGAGUGUGGGAUGGCCAUGGAGUCUGAAAGUUCAGCAAAGUCUGCGUUCGCUGUGUACUCAGAAACUAUAGACCUCAUUAAGUUCACAAUGUCACUGAAAUCCUUCUCGGAUACCACGGCGCCAAUACAAGAGAAGAUAUUUGCUGUUUUAUGCUUGCCCUGCCAGUCCCUGUUGAACAUGGCAAUGUUUCGCUGUAAAAGAGACAUAGUGAUGAAGUAUUCUCGCACUCUUAGUGACCACUUCAAGAGUUCUUCCAAAGUGGCCCAGGCACCUUCUCCAUGCAUGGCAAGAAGCACAGGCGUCCCGUCCCCGCUCUCCCCAAUGCCUUCUCCUGCCAGCUCUGUAGGGUCCCAGUCAAGUGCUGGCAGUCUGGGGAGUAGCGGGGUGACUGCCACUGUUAGUACUCCAGUCACCAUCCACAACAUGACCUCCUCCUAUGUCACCAUCACAUCCCACGUCCUUAAGGCCUUUGACCUUUGGGAACAAGCAGAGGCCCUUACAAAGAAGAAUAAAGAAUUCUUUGCCCAGCUCAGCACAAAGGUGCGUGUCUUGGCCCUCAACAGCAGCCUGGUGGACCUGGUGCACUACACAAGACAGGGUCUGCAGCGGCUGAAACAAGCACCCAAAACUCCCUAAUGUGGGCUGGGCUUACUUGAUGUCCUGGAAUGUCUUUGCACAAUCGGAAGCCUUGAUCCAGUGUAGACAACUGUCUGAUUGGGAUGUCACACUCAAGAAGUGAAGCACCGAGAGAUGGCCAGAACGCUUGCCCACUUACAAGAGCUGUGUUCACGGCCAUUGGUUGGACACUGGUCAGCAGAGCCGAUGGUGGUAAAUGAUCUGCCUUUCCUAACGGAAGGACAGAAGUGCAAUGAAGCCUAAAUGGCAUAUGAAUGGUCUAGCAACAUUUCUGGUUUUGUUCUUGUUUUCUGUUUGAACAGUAGCAUACAAGCUGCAAGUGACAGCCACUUCAAGUCUCACAGCUGAUUCCUGUCAUCUCAGUAGCCACACUAGUUCACUUCCAGAAGGAAUUUUUUUUGAAUAAUUUUUGGUGAAGGGUUUUAUGGAUAUAUAUUUUUUCUUUUCAAGUUUUAAAAGAAACAUUGUUUAAUAAAUUCUAAUGGCCGCCUGUAAAAUAGAAGUUGUGAAGGACUCCGCUGUGCCUCAAUUCCUGUAGUGAACAGUGGCUUGGUUGACACUGAGUGUUAUCCUUUAGAGAUUGAAGGUGACGACCUGCCCCCACCCCCAGUGCCUAGAAUCCUGCACAUAGUCUCGCUCUGGUCUCUCUGGCUGCACUGAAAGCAAACCCAGGUCAACCCUAGAGGAGUGGCAGUAUCUAGAUCCAGCAUCCAUCUUAAGGUCUUCCCCACAUCCCAGGAAGCCUCACACUUCCUCCCACUGCCACACUCCUGGAUAGCGACUGGCUAAGCAGCACCCUCGGUUGCUUUUUACAUUCCCCACCAUGUGUGUGGGCAAAGGGAGCCAGUGUUUGCCUUGGGCUGGACUUCAUUAUCUACUAAAGUCCCAGGUGCUGACGGUGCCGUGGCAACUCGUGCAUCAGUGAAGGAAAGCGAGAUCUUCUUACAGAGGCUGUAUUUUUCUGCUACAAAUUAUAUUUAUAGCAAAACUCAACUUUCCAAAGCCCUUGAUUAUCCAUGGGAUCCUGGCUCCCCGAGAGGAUGUGGAGAUUUGGGGCUGAGGAGUUAAUCCAACUUAAAGAAAUUCAUUACCACCCAUCUUCACUUCAGACCGUCUUCUCAGGUACCAUGAUUCGAUGAUGUUGAAGAGGACCUGUGACCUCCCCAAGCUAUGUACCCCACCCACAUUAAACCAAGCCCACUUGGACAGAAGGCAAGAGGACACACUCAGAAUUCACCUCUGCUCAUAAGCACAGGCCUUUCACUGAAACUGCGAAGGAUAUUACUGGAAUAGUCUUGAGUGCAGUGUUUUUUAAAAGCCAAUUCUUUUUACUCCUUCUAGAAAGUAAAAUUUGCACGGGUGUUCCCACUUGGUGGAAGCAUGUUACGGCUUUUCCUCACUCACCCUGUCUCUGCUUCCUACAAGCCAUGCUGUGUGUCUGUGUCUAUAGAUUUGUGAGGGUGCCUGUGGUUCCUGGGGUGGUGGACGAGAAGACUUUCUUGGUACUUUGGCAAAUCUACACAGGACUGCAGGUGAGUGUGAUGCCAGGUGUCUGUGUGGUCUUGUCCUGCUUUGGAUAAUACCAGAGAAAGGUGCAGAUCUGAGCGUAGACUGGCUGUGAGUUGAGGAAGCAGUUCUUUGUAUUGAUGAUCUGAAGAACUUGGUAGCCGAGCUGCGGCACUUGGUAGGUUGUCCCUGGCACUUCAUCACCUCUUGUGGGCUCUUCAGGAUCUUCUCCCUUCUCCCAUGGCUGUCUGUCUCUUGCUGUAGUUUUACAACAAGCUGCUUGUUGCUUGUGACUGGUUCUGGUCUAGGCACAUUUUGCCAAAGCCCAUGUGUGUCCUAUCAGCAGACCCUGUCUGUGCCCCUUGACUGAACACCUUCAGCCAGUGCAGGAAGAAUGGGCUGCCCCAGCCUUUGUACUAGAUGCGUUUUCUCAACUCUGUAUACUACAAUUUCAUUUGUACCUUGAAAACUAAUUAAUGAAUUUGGACAGACCUGUUUACACCAGUUUGGUCUGUAGUUAUGUUUUCCCACAACACUGUACCUAAAGAGAGAAAGCCUCCAGCUGCCUUUAUAGUAGAGUGAAGCAAAGUGGCUGGUCAGUGCCUUUACUGCUCACUGUAGAAACCUGAAGAAUCUUUUUAAGCUAUUUGCACUUUUCAUUGUAUGCUUACAGUCCCCAAAGCCACUUUUCCCCCUGAGGUAGUUAAUUUGGAAGGACUAUAAAAUUAACCCGCUGGUCUUGUAACCACAGAAGAGCAUAUGGUUUCUUGGUGAGGCAGCAGCAUAGGAGUGAAAAGUAAUCUUUGCUUUGUCACUACAAAAGGUGUGCAUGGUCUGUCUGCAAUAUAAAGUACAGGGAUCCACUUUUUCCCAAGUGUUGGAUGUUUUUCUUUUGGAAAUAAUUAAAAUUUGACACAUGUAAAAGCCCUACUAGAUAAUAAAAGAAAGCAUGUCACUAAAACCAGUCAUUCUGUUGAGGUGCCAAGAGGGCAGGCCACAUGGGAGAAGGAGGGCCCAGCAAGUAC